UGAACUUUUGCGAUAGCUUCGAGCUCGACGCGCAUCAUCACCGCGCAGAUACCCACCCAUACCGCCACCAUGGAUGACCUUUACGACGAGUUUGGAAAUUUCAUCGGCGAGGCCGAGUCCGACGACGAUGUCCAGAGCACCGGCGAGGCAGCCGACGCCUAUGUCCUCGACGACGACGACGACGAGGCUGAUACCAACGACCAGCAGCUGAUGGAGGUGGACGAAGGCCCAUCCAACGCCGUAAUCCUCCACGAAGACAAGCAGUACUACCCUUCCGCGUCCGACGUAUACGGCCCAGAUGUCGAGGUGUUGGUGCAUGAAGAAGACACGCAGUCGCUGGCGCAGCCUAUUAUCGCGCCGGUGGUGCAGAAGAAGUUUACCAUUCAAGAGACAGACCUGCCCCCAGUCUAUCACUCAAGAGAACUCCUGACCGACUUGAUGAACUUUCCCAACCAGAUACGAAACAUCGCCAUCGCUGGACACCUGCACCAUGGAAAGACCGCGUUCAUGGACAUGCUGGUCAUGGAGACACACGACAUCCAAGACCGUCUGGACUACAAGAGGGGGAAGAAGCGGGAAGAACAACUACGAUACACCGACGUACACGUGCUCGAACGCGAACGGGGCCUCUCCAUCAAGACCGCACCCAUGAGCCUAGUCCUCCAGAACACAAAGUCCAAGUCGCAUCUCUUCAACAUCCUCGACACCCCCGGACACGUAAACUUCGCCGAUGAAGUUGCCGCCUCGCUGCGCCUCGUUGAUGGAGUAGUCUUGGUCGUGGACGUAGUCGAGGGCGUGCAGGUCAACACGGAGCAAAUCAUAAAGCACGCCGUGCUGGAGGACCUGCCCCUCACACUGGUAGUCAACAAGAUGGACCGCUUGAUUCUCGAAUUGAAGCUACCGCCCAGCGAUGCAUACUUCAAGAUCAAGCACGUUAUUGAGGAAGUCAACACAGUCAUCGAGAACACCAUUCCAGGCCGCGGCGAGAGCAGACGGGUAAGCCCUGAGAAAGGCAACGUCGCUUUCGCUUGCUCCAGCAUGCGCUGGUGCUUUACCAUCCAGUCCUUCGCAAAGAUGUACUCUGACUUCUACCCUGGACCAUCCAAGCUGCCAGGAUUCGGCGUUCCAAUGAAGGGUCUCGAUAUCGACAAAUUCGCCAUGCGCCUUUGGGGCGACAUCUUCUACAACCCAGGAAGCCGCAAGUUCAGUCGCAAGCGUCAGGAGGAGGGCUCACAGCGGUCCUUUGUGCAUUGGAUCCUGGAGCCCGUCUACAAGAUCUACUCGUACACACUAAGUCAAAGCCCGGACGACCUCAAGGAGACGCUCGACACAUUGGGCAUCCGAUUGAAGCCAUCUGAAUACAAGACAGACGCGAAGGAGUUGAUGCGCCUGGUAUGCCAGCAGUACUUUGGUCCAUCUCUGGGAUUCGUAGACAUGAUCACCCAGCAUGUCCCGUCGCCUGAAGAAGGAGCGCAGCGACUACUACAAAGACAUUACACUGGUCCUUUGGACACAAAGACCGCCGAGGCCAUGCAGAAGUGCGACCAGAACGGACCCCUAGUCAUACAUGUUACGAAGCUCUUCAACGCGACAGAUGCGAAGUCAUUCACCGCACUAGGCCGCGUAAUGAGUGGUACCGCAACUUCCCCGCAGUCGGUGCGUGUUCUUGGAGAAGGCUACACAAUCGAAGAUGAGGAAGACAUGGUCGUCGCUACAGUGACGGACACAUGGAUCGCGCAAUCGAGAUAUAACAUCCCCGUCAGCGGCGUUCCGGCAGGUAACUGGGUGUUGCUUGGUGGUGUUGACAACUCGAUAGUCAAGACGGCGACUAUUGUAGCCACCAAACUCCCCGACGAGGAAGACGCCUACAUUUUCCGACCCAUCCGCCACUUUUUCGAAUCCGUUUUCAAGGUCGCCGUCGAACCCAUAAAUCCUUCUGAACUACCAAAGAUGCUCGACGGUCUGCGCAAGAUCAACAAGUCAUACCCGCUCAUCACAACCAAGGUCGAAGAGUCGGGAGAACACGUCGUUCUCGGUACUGGCGAGCUCUACAUGGACUGUGUCCUGCAUGACCUACGCCGGUUAUAUGCUGACAUGGAGAUCAAGGUGUCAGAUCCUGUCACAAGAUUCUGCGAGACGGUUGUCGAGAUGUCCGCUAUCAAGUGCUACGCGCUCACACCAAACAAGAAGAACAAGCUCACUAUGAUUGCCGAACCGCUAGACCCAGGUAUUGCGGAGGACAUCGAAGCUGGAAAGGUCAACAUCAAGGACCCCGUCAGGGUUGUCGGAAAGUUCUUCGAAGAGAACUACGGAUACGACUUGCUCGCUUCGCGCAACAUCUGGGCUUUCGGGCCUGACGAUAUGGGUGCCAACAUCCUACAAAACGACACACUUCCCACAGAGGUCGACGGAAAGACUCUGCGUACAGUCCGGGACACGCUUCGACAGGGUUUCAGCUGGGCGACCCGUGAAGGCCCGCUCUGUGAGGAGCCCAUUCGCAACACAAAGUUCCGCAUCACGGAUGUCGAGCUUGCACCAGAAGCCAUCUUCCGUGGAGGUGGUCAGAUCAUCCCCACGAGUCGGCGAGCGUGUUACUCAAGUUUCCUGAUGGCGAGCCCCAGGCUGAUGGAGCCGGUAUACUCUUGCAGCAUGACUGGUCCUGCAGACACCAAGAGUAGUUUGUACACAGUCCUUGCGCGGAGGAGAGGACACGUCUUGCAGGAUGGACCCAUUGCGGGUACUCCUCUCUACAAUGUUCGCGGUCUUAUCCCGGUCAUUGAUUCUUUCGGUUUCGAGACCGAUCUUAGGAUUCACACACAAGGACAAGUCUCUCUCUCCCUCGUCUUCGACCGCUGGUCCAUCGUCCCUGGCGACCCUCUUGAUAAAGACAUUACGACCCGACCGCUUGAACCCGCAACCGCACAACAGCUGGCACGCGAUUUCGUACUCAAGACACGAAGGAGGAAGGGUCUUGCGGAGGAUGUCACAAUUAGCAAGUUCCUGGAGCCGGAGCUAUUCCGUUCUCUCAAGGAGAGUGGAGUGCUUGAUGGGUAGAUGAUGGAUUGUAUAGCAUACUUUGGAGUCAAAAAGGAAACGGCGCAAAUUGGAAGCUGUGAAGGCAUAUAGGGAGAGCAUAUUGGAGAUAUGCUCAUGAAAGCGGCUGGUGAGUCGAAAUGAAAUAUACCCGUCGCAUGUCACUUUGAAAGCAGUCGCUAUGCAUGUAUAAAUAUCUCUAUUCACUCGCAUUUCUUUCUUCAGCUACGGUGAUCUUCAUAGUUUCAAUAUCGGAUCAUCCAAUAUCAGUAAGAGACGUACAAGAAAUGUAGCAGAAUACUUGCAUGCAUGCAUAUAGGAUUUUGAAAUCUUAGGCUCACUGGCGAGGUACUCGUAAAGCGAUUGUGGAGACUACAAUCAGAGCCACCGAGGACGCGAGUUAGUGAGAAGAUGGGGGUCGACAAGUACUACUUACGAGUGAAGAAAGAUGAUGGUCGCUUGGUGCU